CUUUCCCAUCCACAACCACUUCUCUUUUUUAAGUUUCAACUCAAUCUCACAUACCAAUUCAAUCAAAAUGUCUGGAAUCAAGGCCGGUGACAGCUUCCCCUCCGACGUUGUCUUCUCCUACAUCCCCUACACCCCCGAGGCUCAGGAGUUCAACGCUUGCGGUAUCCCCAUCAACUACAACGCCUCCAAGGAGUGGGCCGACAAGAAGGUCAUUCUCUUCGCUCUUCCCGGUGCCUUCACCCCCGUCUGCUCUGCUCGCCACGUCCCCGAGUACCAGGAGAGACUCCCUGAGAUCCGUGAGAAGGGUGUCGACGUUGUUGCUGUCCUUGCUUACAACGAUGCCUACGUCAUGAGCGCCUGGGCCAAGGCCAACAAUGUCAAGAACGACGACAUCCUCUUCCUUUCCGACCCCGAGGCCAAGUUCUCCAAGAGCCUCGGCUGGGCUGACGAGGAGGGCCGCACCAAGCGCUACGCCAUCGUCAUUGACCACGGCAAGGUCACCUACGCUGCUCUUGAGCCCGCCAAGAACCACCUCGAGUUCUCGCGCGCUGAGACCGUCAUCAAGAACCUCUAAAUACAUCAACAGGAAUAAGGAAUAUGACGUGGGACUACUAGAGGAUGCUGGCGUUUCAGCAGUGGGGUUAAUGUUUUAGAAAUAGACAGCCCACUUUUAGAGAUACAAUAAAUAACGAAGCUAUGAAAU